AUGUCAUACAAGCGAUCAAGAGACAAUUUUGAGAGCGACCAAGUUCCGCAGUUUGCCCUUUUCGGCACACCCCUUCCNCCUCUUGACUCCGACACUCGCGACGAUGGAUCCUAUGUUCCUGUCUGGAAGCAAGAUGUUCGCGACGAGCAGGGCCGCAAGCGUUUCCAUGGUGCUUUCACCGGAGGUUACAGCGCUGGCUACUUCAACACCGUAGGCUCAAAAGAAGGAUGGGCNCCCUCGACCUUCACCUCAUCGCGUACAAAUCGUCGCAAAGAUGCACAAGCUGCCCGCCCCGAUGAUUUCAUGGAUGAUGAGGAUCGCGCCGCCGCAGCAGAAGCCCANAAACUCCAGACUCAGGACGACUUUGCUGGUUUUGGUUCCACCAGCCAGGAUCAGAUGCGCCGCGGCUUGAUGACCGAUCUGUUUCGGCCAGCAGGAGAGACUAUAGGUGUCAAGCUUCUACAGAAGAUGGGCUGGAGGCAAGGCCAAGGUGUUGGACCCAGGAUCAGGAGGAAAGCACGUUCCGAUGACUCUACACCUGGCGACGAGACACACCUCUUCGCUCCCGACAACUCGCGCAUGGUGACCUUCAAUCGAAAGAAGGAUCGCUUCGGUCUGGGCUACACUGCUGGGGAACGUCUGCGGCAAAUCAGAUCCAUCGACCAACAAGACGACGGAGAGGAAGAUGACUCUGAGCACUUUGGCCGACCUACGAAGCCCAAGUCAAAAGCAAAGCGUACUGGAUUCGGUGUCGGCGUUCUGAACGAUACCGGCUCGGAUGAAGAGGAUCCUUAUGACAUGGGUCCAAAGAUCUCGUACAAUCGUAUCAUCGGUGGCGAUCGAAAGAAGAAGAAAGGCGGUAUUCUCGCAACUACAGCCAACCCUACCCUCAGGGGAAUGAAGCAACCGACCUUUUUAUCCAANAAGUUAGGUCAGAAAAACAGCAAUGGUUUCAGGAAGUGUCACGACGGUCGUCUUCCACUUGAUGGCUUUGUGCUGGCUUCUUCCUUAAUCUUGAACAACCGAGAGAACAAACACUCGCCUCCCAAUGUUCCUGAAGGUUGGGAGCCAAACAAAGCUGUUACUGAAACCAAUCCUGAUCAAUCAACUCAUCUAUCUACUGCCGAUGCUGCUCGCGCCUCUACCAUGGACCCAGCCAAAAGAGCGGCAGUGUUGGGAGAGGAACAGCUUCCCGGGAAGUCGAUCUUUGAUUUCAUGAGCAAAGCAGCACGAGAUAGGCUUGUCACGGCAACAGGCAGAUCAAAUCUUCCAAUGGCACGUGGCGAGGCCGCACCUGAUGGCUGGCAAAAAUCCGAGGCAGACAAACAGAGGUCUCUGUGGGAUUUAGUACCCAAGCUGGACAGUUCAGUCGCAGCCUCGUCUUUACAACGCGGUACGAGUGGUUGGAUGCCGUACGCAGAAGACGAGGGCAAACGAGCUCGAUAUCGCUCAUUCCUAGAGUCCUGCAGCGGACAACGUGAUGCGUUGCCAGAGCGUGUCAAGGGUUCGACCAUUGAUGAGUGGACGAAAGAGAUGCGUGAAUUUGCACAGGCGGCCGAGGUCUUCAAGCCAAUCUCAGGUCUUAUGGCAUCACGUUUUACCAGCUCGUCAUCAGCACCUCGACUAGCUACAGACACGAUGCCGGCGAAAUCUGAACAACCCACCAAACCCAAAGACCCUGCAGAAGCUGCUGCAAAGAUUGGCAUGUUUGGUCCCAUGACCCGCACUCGAAUCCAGUUCUAUCCUACUCGUUUACUCUGCAAACGAUUCAAUGUUAAAGCACCUGCCCACGCGGACCUGGGUAAUGGUCUUACGGGCGAUGACAGCGUCGUCUCAGAUAGGAGACUCGACGUGGUUUCGCAGAACAAAAUGGAUCAAAUGAUGCGCGAGACAUGGUCGCGGGCGCCAAACGUUGGUGAGAGUAGCAACGUGACUUCCUUAGCAGGGCCAGUUCAGCCUCAAGUCAAGCCACAGGUAAACGUUGAGGUCAAUGAGGCUAUCGAAGCAGAAAGACCUGGUGAUGCUGUCUUCAAGGCAAUAUUCGGCAGUGAUAGCGAAGACGAUUAG